AUGAUGAAAGAGUUGGUUAACAGGAUGUUAGAGUUGGUUAACAGGAUGAAAGAGUUGGUUAACAGGAUGUUAGAGUUGGUUAACAGGAUGUUAGAGUUGGUUAACAUGAUGAAAGAGUUGGUUAACAGGAUGUUAGAGUUGGUUAACAUUUGUUUAACACUUUUUUGGUCACUACAUGAUUCAAUUUGUGUUAUUUCAUAGUUUUGAUGUCUUCACUGUUAUUCUACAAUAUUGAAAAUAGUAAAAAAAAUAAAGAAAAACUCUUGAAUGAGUAGGUGUUUUAAAACGUUUGACCGGUAGUGUAUACUGUAUGAUUGUUUACACAUAUGUAACCUCUUAACUACCUAAAUAUUUAACUACAUCCAUAAAAACAAAUUAACCGUUGUCCCGUGGCACUUGUGGGGGUCGUAGAGAAAAACGGAGAACACCAUUGUGUUCAUAAUAGUUAUAGUUUGUAGGCAAAACCAUUUGGACGCUACAGACAUUUGGGAGAAGACUGAUUUUCGGGAUGUCUCCUGGUCUGAAAAACUCUGCUGUAGCUCGGCCACCUUCCACCAGAUGCGGAAGGCCGACACAGGCCUUAAACUGCUUCAACUGACAGAUUUAGAUGGGGAUUAGUUUAUUAUGUUACUUAGAUUGAUGCGCCGGUGCGUCAACAUACUUUUUUUUUGACAUGAUGUUAGAGUUGGUUAGUAUGAUAUUAGAGUUGGUUAGCAUGAUGUUAGAGUUGGUUAGCAUGAUGUUAGAGUUGGUUAGCAUGAUGUUAGAGUUGGUUAGCAUGAUGUUAGAGUUGGUUAGCAUGAUGUUCGAGUUGGGGAUGAUGAUGAUCUCCUGGCUGAGUUCUGUGAUGAGGAGGUACUGGAAGACACCUCUGGACCCCAGGAAGACUAGCGGUCGCCAAGGUGCCAGCUAAUGUGGAUCCAAAUAAAGAAUAAAGGAAGCUAUCCCCCAGCAGCAGAGACCCAGUCCCCCAGCAGCAGAGACCCAGUCCCCCAGCAGCAGAGACCCAGUCCCCCAGCAGCAGAGACCCAGUCCACCAGCCAGCUCCUCUCAGUGGGUGUCUCUGUCUCGGCCUUAACAUCCCCAGGCUUGUGCACGACUCUAACCCAGGCAGGAGAACUCUAACCCAGACACCCUGAGGCAGGCAGGUGUCGGUCAGCAGAAAGCCCCAGUGACGGCUGCAGCAUCAACAGUCCUCUACUCUAAAUGUGUCUAUGCUGCUUUUUCUGUUCCCCAAAGCCAACACAGCUAACAGACCUGCUGUAGAGCCCAGCUCCACCCAACACUACUGUAGCUCCUAGUCUAAUACGGCAUCUGCAUCAGACAACUUGAAGUUAACAACUGAUGAACUAAAACUCUUUCAGUAACAUUAUAAACCUGACGCUAUCCUUACUAGUUAAUGACAAAACACUUUAGAUGCCAAAUGGAAACAAUUUAACAAACUAGAACACCUGAUGAUGAUCACUACUGAACUAGAACACCUGAUGAUGAUCUACUGAACUAUAGUAGUUUCUACCAUAUUUCAUAUACCAGUAAUUUCCUUUAAAAUCAGUGAAGGGAAGUGAACAAGUGGAGAUAAUUGGGCCAUAGACAGGGUCUGCAGUGUGUCUGGCUGUGAGGGAGGAGGGGAGGCUCAGGUGUGUGUGAGGGGCUGCUCUGAUUGGUUGUGUUGUGACUGAGUGCUGAUGUCAUGAUGUAUCUGUGUUCUAGAGUGGCUUCACUCCGCUGCACAUUGCUGCUCACUACGGCAACAUCAACGUGGCAACGCUCCUCCUCAACCGCGGCGCCGCCGUUGACUUCAAGGCCAGGGUAAGACUCAUCUAAAACAAGACCAGGGUAAGACUCAUCUAAAACAAGACCAGGGUAAGACUCCUCUAAAACAAGACCAGGGUAAGACUCCUCUAAAACAAGACCAGGGUAAGACUCCUCUAAAACAAGACCAGGGUAAGACUCCUCUAAAACAAGACCAGGGUAAGACUCCUCUAAAACAAGACCAGGGUAAGACUCCUCUAAAACAAGACCAGGGUAAGACUCCUCUAAAACAAGGCCAGGGUAAGACUCCUCUAAAACAAGACCAGGGUAAGACUCCUCUAAAACAAGACCAGGGUAAAGGACUCCUCUAAAACAAGACCAGGGUAAGACUCCUCUAAAACAAGGCCAGGGUAAAAGGACUCAUCUAAAACAAGACCAGGGUAAGACUCCUCUAAAACAAGACCAGGGUAAGACUCCUCUAAAACAAGACCAGGGUAAGACUCCUCUAAAACAAGACCAGGGUAAGACUCCUCUAAAACAAGGCCAGGGUAAGACUCCUCUAAAACAAGACCAGGGUAAGACUCCUCUAAAACAAGGCCAGGGUAAGACUCCUCUAAAACAAGACCAGGGUAAGACUCCUCUAAAACAAGACCAGGGUAAGACUCCUCUAAAACAAGACCAGGGUAAGACUCCUCUAAAACAAGGCCAGGGUAAGACUCCUCUAAAACAAGACCAGGGUAAGACUCCUCUAAAACAAGGCCAGGGUAAAAGGACUCAUCUAAAACAAGACCAGGGUAAGACUCCUCUAAAACAAGACCAGGGUAAGACUCCUCUAAAACAAGACCAGGGUAAAAGGACUCCUCGGGCCUGUUUCCAUCCAUCCAGGUCAAGAAUGUGCUUAGGGACCUAAAUGUGCAGGGUCUUGGCCAAUAGCCCCUACAGCUGCUGGUGUCAGUCUGCACUCACCCUGCCAAGGCCCUCACACAUACACACAAACACACCCUGCCAAGGCUCUGUCGGUCCUACCCCUGCACCAUGAAAUAUGAGCCUAUUGAUUUAGAUGGAAUCUGGCCGUUGUUUCCCAGGACAUCCCAUAAUACUGUCCACCCCAACAUGAAGAAACAGUUUGAUUCUACCUGCUGAGGGUAUGGAGGAGCUUUACACUAGGACAUGUUUUUUCACAUUGUUUUUAAUUUAUUUUGUACAUAAUGUUGCUGCUACCAUGAUCAAAAAGAGCUUCUGGAUAUUAGAACAGCGAUUACUCACCUCGAACUGGACAAAGAUUUUUUAUUUAAUGAGUCCUACGCGUAGGACAUACUGUUUCUCAGAGACCAGGCCCAAAUCCCCGUCAUUCGCAUGAAGAAAAGAAGGAGGUACAGGGGGCGGAGAUCGGGGUGCCUUGUGAGAAUUUGUCGGCGAGUGGGUAACCCACGUCUACCGUCCGUUCUAUUGGCCAACGUGCAAUCACUGGAGAAUAAACUGGAUGAGCUCCGUUCGAGACUAUCCUACCAACGGGAUAUUAAAAACUGUAAUAUCUUAUGUUUCACCGAGUCGUGGCUGAACGACAACACGGAUAAUAUACAGUUGGCUGGUUUUUCCCUGCAUUGGCAGGCAGAGCAGCUACGUCCGGUAAGACGAGGAGUGGUGGUGUGUGUCUAUUUGUCAAAAACAGCUGGUGCGAAGUAUUGCUCGCCUGAGGUAGAGUACCUCAUGAUAAGUAUGAUAAGUAUGAUGACGCCGGAAGGGAUGGCUGCGGUUUUAUGGACUCUUAACCAACCGUGCUAUUUUGUGUGUUUUUUCGCAUUGUUUGUAACUUAUUUUGUACAUAAUGUUGCUGCUACCGUCUCUUACGACCGAAAAGAGCUUCUGGACAUCAGAACAGUGAUUACUCACCUUGAACUGGAUGGAUCAUUUUUAUUUUAUGAGUCGGACGAGAGGGAUUUGCUCCAGACACCCGACAGGGCCCUCAUCCCCGUCAUUCACAGUAGAAAGAAAAGGAGAUAUUGCGGAAGGAGAUCGGGGUGCCUGGUAAGGAGCCGGCGACGAGUGGCUAAUCUGCCUUAGCCAUCGAUACUAUUGGCCAACUUACAAUCGCUUGAUAAUAACGUGGACGAACUACAAGCACGUAUAUCCUACCAACGGGACAUUAAAAACUGUAAUAUCUUGUGUUUCACCGAGUCGUGGCUGAACGAAGACAUGAAUAACAUACAGCUGGCGGGUUAUACACUGUAUCGGCAGGAUAGAACGAUAUCUAAGGAAGUCUCGAGGUUUUGCUCGCCUGAGGUACAGUAUCUCAUGAUAAGCUGUAGACCACACUAUCUACCAAGAGAGUUUUCAUCUAUAUUCUUCGUAGCUGUCUAUUUACCACCACAAACCAAUGCUGGCACUAAGACCGCUCUCAAUGAACUGUAUACGGCCAUAAGCAAACAGGAAAAUGCUCAUCCAGAGGCGGCGCUCCUAGUGGCCGGGGACUUUAAUGCAGGGAAACUUAAAUCUGUUCUACCUAAUUUCUACCAGCAUGUUAAAUGUGCAACCAGAGGGAAAAAAACUCUAGACCACCUUUACUCCACACACAGAGACGCAUACAAAGCUCUCCCUCGCCCUCCAUUUGGAAAAUCUGACCAUAAUUAUAUCCUCCUGAUUCCUGCUUACAAGCAAAAACUAAAGCAGGAAGCACCAGUGACUCGGUCAAUAAAAAGUGGUCAGAUGAAGCAGAUGCUAAGCUACAGGACUGUUUUGCUAGCACAGACUGGAAUAUGUUCCGGGAUUCUUCCGAUUGCAUUGAGGAGUACACCACAUCAGUCACUGGCUUCAUCAAUAAGUGCAUCGAUGACGUCAUCCCCACAGUGACUGUACGUACAUAUCCCAACCAGAAGCCAUGGAUUACAGGCAACAUCCGCACUGAGCUAAAGGGUAGAGCUGCCGCUUUCAAGGAGCGAGACUCUAACCCGGAAGCUUAUAAGAAAUCCCACUAUGCCCUCCGAAGAACCAUCAAACAGGCAAAGCGUCAAUACAGGAAUAAGAUCGAAUCGUACUACACCGGCUCCGACGCUCGUCGGAUGUGGCAGGGCUUGCAAACUAUUACAGACUACAAAGGGAAGCACACCGCGAGCUGCCCAGUGACACGAGCAUACCAGACGAGCUAAAUUACUUCUAUGCUCGCUUCGAGGCAAGCAACACUGAAACAUGCACAAGAGCAUCAGCUGUUCCAGAUGACUGUCUGAUCACGCUCUCCGUAGCCGAUGUGAGUAAGACUUUUAUACAGGUCAACAUUCACAAGGCUGCAGGGCCAGACGGUUUACGAGGACGUGUACUCCGAGCAUGCGCUGACCAACUGGCAAGUGUGCCCAAGAAUACUAAGGUAACCUGCCUAAAUGACUACCAACCCGUAGCACUCACGUCGGUAGCCAUGAAGUGCUUUGAAAGGCUGGUCAUGGCUCACAUCAACACCAUCAUCCCGGAAACCCGAGACCCACUCCAAAUUGCAUACCGCCCCAACAAAUCCACAGGUGACGCAAUAUCAAUCACACUCCUGACGGGCCGCCCCCAGGUGGUAAGGGUAGGCAACAACACAUCUGCCACGCUGGUCCUCAACACCGGGGCUCCUCAGGGGUGCGUGCUUAGUCCCCUCCUGUACUCCCUGUUCGCCCACGACUGCGUGGCCAAGCACGACUCCAACACCAUCAUUACGUUUGCUGAUGACACAACAGUGGUAGGCCUGAUCACCGACAACGAUGAGACAGCCUAUAGGGAGGAGGUCAGAGACCUGGCAGUGUGGUGCCAGGACAACAACCUCUCCCUCAACGUGACCAAGACAAAGGAGAUGAUUGUGGACUACAGGAAAAGGUUGGCCCAACACGCACCCAUUCUCAUCGACGGGGCUGUAGUGGAGCGAGUUGAGAGCUUCAAGUUCCUCUGUGUCCACAUCACCAACAAACUAUCAUGGUCCAAACACACCAAGACAGUCGUGAAGAGGGCACGACAAAACCUAUUCCCCCUCAGGAGACUGAAAAUAUUUGGCAUGGGUCCGCAGAUCUUCAAAGUUCUACAGCUGCACCAUCGAGAGCAUCCUGACUGGUUGCAUCACAACUAGGCGGUGUCAGAGAAAAGCCCAAAAAUUGUCAAAGAGUCCAGUCAUCCAAGUCAUAGACUGUUCUCUCUGCUACCGCACGGCAAGCGGUACCGGAGCGCCAAGACUAGGUCCAAAAGGCUUCUAAACAGCUUCUACCCCCAAGCCAUAAGACUGCUGAACAGCGAAUCAAAUGGCCACCCGGACUAUUUACAUUGAACUGUAUUGAUAGUUAAGGGCUUGUAAGGAAGCAUUUCACUGUUGUAUUCGGCGCAUGUGACAAAUAAAAUUUGAUUUGAUUUUGUAAUUUGUUAUUCUAUAUCCCUCCACCAGUGGUAAAAAAACGCAUUUUGAUAAAAAUAAAAAGUUUACGUUCAAAUGGCUCUCCUGUGAAUUAGUGACCCGCGACAUACGCCUAGUUUCCUGAAACCAGUCACAUUUGUGGAUGUUAAACUGAAUAUAAUGUAAUGACCCUGGACAAUACCCUGUCGUUCUCCGCUAACAUCAAGGCGGUGACCCGAUCCUGUAGGUUCAUGCUCUACAACAUUCGCAGAGUACGACCCUGCCUUACACAGGAAGCGGCACAGGUCCUAAUCCAGGCACUUGUCAUCUCCCGUCUGGAUUACUGCAACUCGCUGUUGGCUGGGCUCCCUGCCUGUGCCAUUAAACCCCUACAACUCAUCCAGAACGCUGCAGCCCGUCUGGUGUUCAACCUUCCCAAGUUCUCUCACGUCACCCCACUCCUCCGCACACUCCACUGGCUUCCAGUUGAAGCUCGCAUCUGCUACAAGACCAUGGUGCUUGCCUACGGAGCUGUGAGGGGAACGGCACCUCCGUACCUUCAGGCUCUGAUCAGUCCCUACACCCAAACGAGGGCAUUGCGUUCAUCCACCUCUGGCCUGCUGGCUCCCCUACCUCUGCGGAAGCAUAGUUCCCGCUCAGCCCAGUCAAAACUGUUCGCUGCUCUGGCACCCCAAUGGUGGAACAAGCUCCCCCACGACGCCAGGACAGCGGAGUCACUCACCACCUUCCGGAGACACUUGAAACCCCACCUCUUUAAGGAAUACCUGGGAUAGGAAAAAGUAAUCCUUCUACCCCACCUAACCCCACCCCAAAGAAAAAAAUAUAUAUAACAAAUAUAUAUAUAUAUUGUAUUGUAAAUAUAUAUAUAUAUAUAUUGUAAAGUGGUUGUCCCACUGGCUAUCAUAAGGUGAAUGCACCAAUUUGUAAGUCGCUCUGGAUAAGAGUGUCUGCUAAAUGAAGAAAAUGUAAAUGUGAAAUGUAAUUUAGAGGAAAGUGUAAAACAGCCAGUCUCAUACAAAGGUAGUUCUAAUACACCCCAGCACCUCACAAAGGCACUUCCAAGCAGUGUUGUCCUGUGAACAUCCCCUGACAAUAGAAUGGGCUAACAGCCUAUCAGGACUCUCUUAAUGGGAGCACAGCUUUACAAAGGAAACAGUGGAUAUGUAUCACAACUUAUCUCCCAUGCAGUUACACUGCUACACUGCUAUAGCACAAAAAUGCAGUUACUCUGCUAUAGUGCGUGAUAGCCCCUGUUUUUGAGCUGAUAUAUGAGUACGUUUAGCUGUCACUAGAGGGCGCUGUUGUUCAGCCCGUACCACAGGACUACCUCAGUAUCUUCACAUAGCUGUUUACAGCACACUCAGACCUGCUGUUCAAGUGUCAUUCAAAGUACUGUAUGUGUGGGUAUUAUUUUAAUGUCCAAUCUGAUGGAGAUAAUGAUUGUACUGUAUUUCUGACUUGAUGUUGUGUCUCCCCUCCUCAGAAUGACAUCACGCCGCUUCAUGUGGCUUCGAAGAGAGGGAACGGCAACAUGGUCAGACUACUGCUGGAGAGGGGGGGCAAGAUAGACGCCAGGACCAAGGUUAGAUAGACACUAUACAGCAUUAUACAACGGCUCAGGACCAAGGUUAGAUAGACACUAUACAACAUUAUACAACGGCUCAGGACCAAGGUUAGAUAGACACUAUACAACAUUAUACAACGGCUGGGGACCAAGGUUAGAUAGACACUAUACAGCAUUAUACAACGGCUCAGGACCAAGGUUAGAUAGACACUAUACAGCAUUAUACAACGGCUCAGGACCAAGGUUAGAUAGACACUAUACAGCAUUAUACAACGGCUCAGGACCAAGGUUAGAUAGACACUAUACAACAUUAUACAACGGCUCAGGACCAAGGUUAGAUAGACACUAUACAACAUUAUACAACGGCUCAGGACCAAGGUUAGAUAGACACUAUACAACAUUAUACAACGGCUGGGGAUAAUCCUGAAUGCCGAUUGGUUAAACCCGUAUUCCAGCCGGUGUCUAUUCCACAAGUUACCACCGGCUAAAUCUAUGACGUUAAAAUGCCUGUUUACUCUGUUCCAUCUGACUGCCCAAUCCACUGUCUCCUCAGCCCAGCCAGGCAAUUUAUAAACUUGAUCUCCACUAUACAAAGCAUCUAGACAUUAUCUCACAUUUCUUUUAGACUAACAUUUAGUUUAAAAGUUUUCAACCUUGCUGUCUGUCUCUCCGACAUUUGCAACAUUGUUUCAAUAUUCAAAUUCAAUCUCCAGCUGUCCCAUAGUAAUGAACGUGUCGGGAGUCGGGACGAGACAGACAGGCAGGCAGCGUUUCUCAGCCAGUCGAAAUCAUGAAUCGGCUGGCAUCAUUGUUAUGGAUAUAUACAAAGAAAUGUCAAUUGAAAAAAGCUAAAACAAAACGAAGUGCAACUAGUUUUCUGUCUUUCCAGCUUCAGUUUGAAGUGAUUGUGUCAGCUCCUCUGAACAACCGUGUCCUGACGAGUGAGCAAAUGUUCUAUGCCAGGCGAAAUCGUGCCUCAUUAGCUCAUUGUUAUGGAUGUAUCCAAAUAAAUGUCACUAGAAAACAGCUUCAACAAAUGCAAAUAUGGCUACUUUGCUGUUCUGGCUGUACUAUUUAGUGAUUUAGUGAUUUAGUCUAAAUUACACUACAGUGUCUUGGAAAUACGAUGUCAUUGCUAAUGUAGGCAAAUAAUUAGUGGGAAACAACUUUGUCAUCAUUGUAAUGUCAUCAGAUUUACUUUAGAAAGAUGGCAAAGUUGUCAUUAGCUAGCUAGCUAAUUUAAAAAUACCUAGCAAGCUAAAAUCCUCUCCCCUCACAACGUCAAUCUGACAACUUCACAGUGAUGACAAAAAGUUUUCCUACUAAUUAUUUGCCUCCUUUAGAAAUGUUGUUGUGUUUCCAAGUCACUCCAAUCUUCAUCAGCGCCAAAUUGAGAAUGUAUUGAGUAGAACGUUGAGUCAGACCUCAUAGAACUUCCAGCGAUGUAGUGUCUCAACGGGAAACCCAUGAAUACUUCACAUCUAUGUUUCUGUUUGGACGUAUAGAGACAGAAAGCCCUGGAUGAAAGCUGCUCUUCUCUAGUAUUGUCUCAGUCCCAGAUAUAACAUGCUUGUUUUGACAGUAGAAAUAGCAAUACUACUGUCAAUGAUUCACGUUUAUUGUCCUACAGGAGGACUGGUCCAUGAUCAGAUUCAUGUUUAUUGUCCUACAGGAGGACUGGUCCAUGAUCAGAUUCAUGUUUAUUGCCCUACAGGAGGACUGGUCCAUGAUCAGAUUCAUGUUUAUUGUCCUACAGGAGGACUGGUCCAUGAUCAGAUUCAUGUUUAUUGUCCUACAGGAGGACUGGUCCAUGAUCAGAUUCAUGUUAAUUGUCCUACAGGAGGACUGGUCCAUGAUCAGAUUCAUGUUAAUUGCCCUACAGGAGGUAAAUCUAGCUCACACACAACAUACACAAAACAUCUAGAAAACCCAGCAGGAAAGAACCAAUAGUCAGACAUCCAGUAAGGAACCUGUCUAAUGCCCUACUUCCCCUUAACCUCUGACCCCAGGACGGUCUGACCCCUCUCCACUGUGGCGCCAGGAGCGGACAUGAACAGGUGCUGGAGAUGCUGCUAGACAGAGGAGCCCCCAUCCUGUCCAAAACUAAGGUACAGUAACUAUGGUAACACCCCCAUCCUGUCCAAAACUAAGGUACAGUAACUAUGGUAACACCCCCAUCCUGUCCAAAACUAAGGUACAGUAACUAUGGCAAUGUCUUUCUCUCUCUGUCCCUGUCCCCCCUCCCCCUACAGAACGGUCUAUCUCCCCUCCACAUGGCCACCCAGGGGGACCAUCUGAACUGUGUUCAGCUCCUGCUACACCACGAUGUUCCUGUUGAUGAUGUCACCAACGACUACCUGACGGCCCUGCAUGUCGCCGCCCACUGCGGACACUACAAGGUUGCCAAGGUCAUUGUGGACAAGAAGGCCAAUCCCAACGCUAAAGCACUGGUCAGCAUCAGUCACACUGUGUUGGUUUAUCUGUGUGUUUACCUCCCUGUUAGCUGUUAG